AUGGCUCACGAAACAGAUCAAUGUUUAAAGAACUACAAGUACUAUUUUAAAUCUGACAUUUUGGCUAAUAAAGUAGCCUUUAUUAGUGGUGGUGGUUCAGGAAUUUGCUUUAGAAUUACCGAAAUAUACAUGAGGCAUGGAUGCGAUACCGUGAUAGCUAGCCGCAAUUUUAAUCGCGUAAAAGAGGCUGCGGAAAGGCUGGAGAAGGCAACAGGCCGUAGAUGUUUACCUGUCCGAAUGGAUGUACGAAAGCCUCAAGAAAUUCAAGAUGCGGUUGAUCAAGCAUUGAGCCACUACAAUCGAAUCGAUAUUUUAAUUAAUGGAGCUGCGGGCAAUUUCUUGUGCCCUGCUAGUAGAUUAUCUUAUAAUGCAUUCAGAACAGUCAUCGAAAUUGAUACGCUAGGAACAUUUAAUUUGAGCAAAGCUGUUUACGAAAAGUAUUUCUCUAAACAUGGAGGAAAUAUAAUCAACAUAUCAGCUACUCUACACUAUAAUGGCGACGUACUUCAGGUACAUGUUGGUGCUGCAAAGGCUGCAAUUGAUGCUAUGACAAAACACUUGGCUAGGGAAUGGGGUCGUGAUGGCGUCCGUGUCAACUGUAUUGCUCCUGGCCCAAUAGCUGAUACCGAAGGAAUGAGAAGAUUAGGCGGAGACAAAGAGGAACUAGCUCGGCAUGUAAAAGAAGAUAUUCCUCUUGGUAGGAUGGGUUCACGUAUAGACAUCGGAGAUUCGGCGGUUUACUUGGGUUCCGAGGUUUCGUCAUACAUUACAGGAACAGUACUUAUCGUUGAUGGAGGAACUUGUAUGGUAUCCCGCCGAAAUAUAUUUGAGGCGGAACGAAUGAUGCGAAAACUUGCUAGUAAACUCUAA